AUGGCCAAAGGAGACGCCUCCUCGCCAACUGGCCCACCAUCCUCCGCGUUGAAACGAACCACCCCGAGUGCCCAGAACAUGAAAAGCCAGAAGUCUAUUCUGGGAUUUUUCCAGAAGUCAUCUCCCGCGACACCCUCUAGUGCUAAAGCGAAACCCCGCGAGCCCGCCUCCUCUCCAGCCCAACGAGCCUCCGAACAACGUAGUGCUAGUACUACAAAACCUAAAGAAAAGAGAAGCUUCUCUAGCUUUGCACAGGACUUGACUCCUGUGCCGAGUAGUGAUUUGCCCAUCCCGGACGAAGAUGAGGAAAAUGCGGAUGUUGUCAAGACUGGAGGCGACACAGCCCCGGAUGCAAUAAUGACCCCUUCACGUCGCACCAAGAAGAAGCAGGUCAGCUAUAAGGAAUCUGACUCUGAAGGCGAGGACGAUGAUGAAGCUAUCUUCCGUCCCAGCCGAAGGAACGGCGCCGGAGGUCGUGCCGCGAAGCGCCAAAAGACUGUGGUAGAAAGUGAAGAUGAGUUCGAAGCUGGCGCAGAGGAUGGUGGAUACUCGGACGAUGAGAUGGACGACUUUGUUGUUGCCGAUGACUCCGACGAAGACGUUGCCCCCGCGAAGAAACGAAAGCGAUCAGCUCCCCAAUCUGCGCGCAAGAGCUCCAAUCAAUCCUCCUCGCUUCCACCACCCCCGCCGGCCGACGAGGACCUUGACAUUGAGCUCCCCGAAAGCUCGGGGGGAACUGCUCUUAAGUGGAAAUUUGACCCCGAAAGUACAGAGCCUCGGAAAGAGCGUGAAAAGAUCACCAAAGCUCCCGCGAGCACGAAGAAGGAAAAGGCUCAUGUCAGAGACCCCGAGGAGCGAUACCCUUGGCUUGCCAACCCAAUGGAUAUCGACAAGAACCCCCCUGGUCAUCCCGAUUUCGAUCCUCGAACAAUCUACAUUCCUCCUCUCGCCUGGUCCCGCUUCUCACCGUUCGAGAAGCAAUACUGGGAAAUCAAGCAGAAGUUCUGGGAUACUGUUGUCUUUUUCAAGAAGGGAAAAUUUUACGAGCUUUACGAGAAUGAUGCUACCAUUGGCCAUCAAUUGUUUGACCUCAAACUUACGGACAGAGUGAACAUGCGCAUGGUCGGUGUUCCCGAAAUGAGCUUGGCUCACUGGGCGAACCAAUUUGUUGCCAAAGGCUACAAGAUUGCUCGUGUAGAUCAGUCCGAGUCCGCACUGGGCAAAGAGAUGCGUGAGCGGGAUGGAAAGAAACCUGGCAAGGAAGACAAGAUCAUCAAGCGCGAACUGGCAUGUGUCCUCACUGCUGGUACACUUGUUGAAGGCUCUAUGCUUCAGGAUGAUAUGUCCACAUACUGCGUUGCCAUCAAGGAAGCCAUUGUUGAUGAUCUGCCUGCAUUCGGCCUAUCUUUUGUCGAUACGGCGACGGGUCAGUUCUUCAUCUCCGAGUUUGUUGACGAUGUGGACAUGACCAAGUUCGAGACCUUCGUCGCACAAACUCGCCCGCAAGAACUAUUGCUCGAAAAAGGUUGCGUCUCGCACAAGAUGUUGCGCAUUCUGAAAAACAACACCGGUCCCACCACCCUAUGGAACUACAUGAAACCCGGCAGAGAGUUUUGGGAAGCAGACAUUACACUAAAGGAGCUGGAUGCUAGCGAUUAUUUUGUGUCUCAAGAUGAUGAUAAUAUUAAGGCUUGGCCGGAGACUUUACGUCAAGCACGCGAGAAGGAGCUUCUCAUGUCUGCAUUUGGUGCUCUGACUCAAUACCUGCGCCUCUUGAAGAUCGAACGAGACCUGAUUACCAUUGGCAACUUCACAUGGUAUGAUCCGAUCAAGAAGUCUUCCAGCUUGGUGUUGGACGGUCAAACUUUGAUCAACAUGGAGAUCUUUGCCAAUUCAUUCGAUGGAGGUGUGGAUGGUACACUAUUCCAACUCCUCAACAAGUGUAUCACGCCCUUUGGCAAGCGCCUGUUCAAACAAUGGGUCUGCCACCCAUUGAUGGACUCGAAGAGAAUCAAUGCGAGAUUGGAUGCUGUCGACUCUUUGAACGCGGACCCCAGUGUCCGGGACCAAUUCUCCUCGCAACUGACUAAGAUGCCUGAUCUAGAGCGGCUGAUUUCUCGUGUUCACGCGGGAGUCUGCAAGGCUCAAGAUUUUGUCCGUGUUCUCGAGGGAUUCGAACAGAUCGAUUAUACUAUGGGUCUUCUGAAAGAUAGUGGUUCUGGCGAGGGAAUCAUCGGUCAAUUGAUCUCAGCUAUGCCCGACAUGACCGAGCUGCUGGAAUACUGGAAGACCGCAUUCGAUCGUCCCAAGGCCAAGGAGAAUGGAGUCCUUGUUCCAGAGACUGGCGUGGAAAGUGAUUUCGACCAAUCGCAAGAAACAAUCGAUCAGCUUCAUAAGGAUCUCGAUAACAUUCUGAAGAAAGCACGCCGUGAUCUGGGGUCAACUGCCAUUUGCUACCGUGACAAUGGCAAGGAGAUCUACCAGCUUGAGGUCCCAAUCAAGGUCAAGAAUAUUCCGAAGGACUGGAAUCAGAUGUCUGCCACCAAGCAGGUCAAGCGUUACUAUUACCCCGAGCUUCGAAGUGCCAUCCGUAAACUCCAGGAGGCCCAAGAAACGCACGGCCAAAUCGUGAAAGAAGUUGCCGGUCGUUUCCAUGCCCGAUUCGAUGAACAUUAUGCCAAGGCCUCCGCAUCCCUGGGCCAACCAAGCUGCCGUCCAGUGUUUGUCGAUGAGGAGCGAAGCGUCUUGGAAUUCGAGGAGUUGCGCCACCCCUGCCUUCUUUCUUCCGUUGAAGACUUCAUCCCCAACGAUGUUCAGCUCGGCGGCAACCGUGCCAAUAUUGACUUAUUGACCGGAGCCAACGCUGCCGGCAAGUCAACACUUCUCCGAAUGACUUGCGUCGCCGUGAUCAUGGCCCAGAUCGGUUGCUACCUCCCCUGUCAAUCCGCCCGACUGACUCCAGUGGACCGAAUCAUGUCACGCCUAGGAGCCAACGACAACAUUUUCGCCGCACAAUCAACCUUCUUCGUCGAGCUCUCGGAGACGAAAAAGAUUCUCUCCGAAGCAACGCCGCGCUCGCUGGUUAUCCUCGACGAGCUUGGUCGUGGAACCAGCUCCUACGAUGGUGUCGCAGUCGCACAGGCCGUCCUGCACCACAUCGCCACCCACAUCGGCGCGAUGGGUUUCUUCGCAACGCACUACCACUCCCUCGCAACCGAAUUCGAGGGCCACCCAGAAAUCACUCCGAAGCGUAUGGCCAUCCAAGUCGAUGAGGCCGAGCGUCGCGUGACCUUCCUUUACAAGCUCGAGGACGGUGUUGCAGAGGGUAGUUUCGGUAUGCACUGCGCGGCUAUGUGUGGCAUUUCAAAUAAGGUCAUCGAGUGUGCCGAGCAGGCAGCUAAGCAAUGGGAGCAUACGAGUAGACUUAAGGAGAGUCUCGAGCGCCGGAAGGGCGGUGGGUAUGUUGGUCUCGGGUGGUGGAGCGAUGUUGCCUGGGCUCUGCGCGAGUCUUCGGGCGAGGAUGAUGCUGCUAUUGCCGAUCAUGGUCUGGAGGUGCUGCGAAAAGCUAUUGAGGCUUUGUGA